AUGACCUCUGAAGCUACAAUUGCUCCACCAAGGAGCAAGCUGCCAAACUCAGGAUACCGAGAGUACUACUGGCUCCGUUCUUUCGUGGCAGGAGGGGUUGCCAGCUGCUGUGCUAAAACAACCAUUGCACCUUUGGAUAGGAUUAAAAUUCUCUUUCAAGCACAAAACAUCCACUACAGACACUUGGGUGUACUCUCCACCAUAAAAGCUGUGAAACAAAAAGAAGGCUUUCUAGGAUUUUAUAAAGGAAAUGGAGCCAUGAUGGUCAGAAUCUUCCCAUAUGGGGCCAUACAGUUUAUGGCAUUUGACAGAUACAAAAAGGCGAUACGCAAGACAAUCAACAGAUCUGAGCAUCUACACAGAUUAAUGGCUGGAUCAAUGGCUGGAAUUACUGCAGUAAUGUGCACUUAUCCUCUGGAUAUGGUCAGAGCUCGUCUUGCAUUUCAAGUGAAAGGAGAACACAAGUACAAUGGAAUCAUAGAUGCUUUUAAGAGUAUUUACACAAAGGAGGGAGGAUUCCGUGGAUAUUACAGAGGCCUUGUUCCCACUGUUAUAGGAAUGGCACCUUAUGCAGGUUUCUCAUUUUUCACUUUUGAGACCUUAAAGACUGCUGGACUGAAACAUGCCCCAGAACUAAUGGGGAAACCAUCCUUGGACAAUCCAGAUGUCAUGGUGCUAAAGACACCUGUCAGCUUAUGCUGUGGUGGGAUUGCUGGAGCCAUUUCACAGACUAUCUCUUACCCUCUGGAUGUCACACGGCGGCGGAUGCAGUUGUCUGCAAUCUUGCCAGAUUCUGAGAAGUGCCGAACCAUGUUUCAGACCUUGAAAUAUGUCUGCAUGGAGCACGGCAUACGGAAAGGCCUAUACCGAGGUCUGUCUCUUAACUACAUUCGCUGCAUUCCUUCUCAAGCUGUGGCUUUUACAACAUAUGAGUUUAUGAGACAGAUUCUGCACUUAAAUGAAUCUCCACCUCCAAAGUAG